AUGUCUUCGGCUGCGCCCACGCGACAGGCCCUCCGCCACCUUCGCCACCUGUGCACCGCCGAACCCUUUACCUCGACCAGGGCCCCGGCGUGUCAACCGGCUGGACCAAGAAGAGAAGCUUCGGCAACACCUGCAGCGACGAGGACAUCUUGUCUGUUGCCGUCGCGGCGGUCAUUCAGCACAAGGCGAGGCCUGAGUCAAGAAGCACGAUCAUCAAGCGCGGCCUCGCCAUCAGCUUCCAGCACCGAUGGCCUCAAACACACCCAUACCCAUGGUCAUGCCCACAGCCAUCACCCGAACCGUCACCAUCAGCAUGACAAACCCGAACCCACCACUAAAGAGGAUGCUUCUACCACUACCGCCACUCCAGACAUAACGAACCACUACACUCUGUUCCCGACGACUCUGGCGGCCGGCCCUCCGCCCCAUGGCCCAUUCGACAUCCCCGCGGCGCAGCUGAAGCGCGAGUUUCUACAGCUGCAAGCGCUGCACCACCCGGACAAGUACCACCACUCGCCGGCGGCCCACCGCCACGCCCGCGCCAUGUCGUCGCUGCUCAACACCGCCUACAAGACCCUGGCCGAUCCGCUGCUGCGCGCCCGCUACCUGCUGCACCACAGCUACGGCGUCGACAUCACCGCCGAGGACAACAACACCCACCGCGGCUUGUCCGACCAGCACACCUUGUUGGAGGUCUUGGAGGCCCAGGAGGCCAUCGAGGAAGCCACCACCCAGGCCCAGAUCGACUCCCUGAAGGAAGAGAAUGAUGCCCGCAUCAGGGACACGGAGAAGCUGCUGGCCGAGGCCUUUGAAAAGGAGGACAUUGAGCUUGCGAAGAGGGAGUGUAUCCGUCUCAACUAUUGGCGCAGUCUGCAGCAGGGCUUACACGAUUGGGAGCCCGGAAAAGAAGUCAGGUUGAUACAUUGA